GGGUAAGAAUGUGGUGUUUUAUUUGUUUUUAAAUGGUCAGCACUAUCUUUUUAUUGCUAAAUUGCAUAUAUUUUGUACCCAUGAUUAUUGCCUAGUCAAAAAUAUACAUUUAAAAUACGUAUAAGACGUUUCCAGAGCUGCUAUAGUGAUUAAAUAAUCCUCCCCAUUGGACUCCACCACCGCUGUCCGGCUCCAACGCUUGGCUCACCGCCCUCUCUUGCCCCGUCCAAGCAGCCCACGGUUCGAUGCCGAAUCCGUCAGAAGGUCAAGAAGCAAACUGUUGUGCCCUGCCUGGCCGGCCGCCGCCACAGAGGCCCGGCGAGCAAGAAGAUGGCCGCGGCGCCGUGUUUAGCUCUCUCUCGUCUCAGGAAACGCCCAAACCACGUCGGGCGUCCAGCGCCGAACUCCACAUCCAGUGGACCUGUCCGGUCACGCACUCCCAGGAGACGUUCUACACGGUGUGCUCCGACUACGCCCUCCUAAACCAGGCCACAGCCGUGUACUGCCCCCAACCGGACACCCUCAGCAGCAGAGACGCAGUGCCCAAGAUGCAUGAAGAGGGGGCUCUUAUUGUGAAGCCGUUGCUGGAGCUCAGUCAGAUAGAGGUGACCAGCGUUGGGUCGGACGGGGACUACGAUAUGGAGGAGAUGUCCGCCCACAACAAACCUAUCCUCGCCUGGGAGAUCGACACAACAGACUUCGCGGCCGUUCUGACAAGGAAGAGUAAAACAAGCAACCCCAAGAAGGCGGGCUCCAAGAAGACGAAGAGCCGGAACCUCCAGGACCCUCCCCUUCACCCAGCCCAGGAGGAGCUCCGACAGAGGAAGGUGCUGGACCUCCGGAGAUGGUACUGUAUCAGCCGGCCGCAGUACAAGACGUCGUGUGGGAUCUCCUCGCUGAUCUCCUGCUGGAACUUCCUGUACAGCACGCUGGGGGCGGGAAGCCUUCCUCCCCUCUCCCAGGAGGAUGCCCUCCACAUCCUGGGCUUCCAGCCGCCGUUCGAAGACAUCAAGUUCGGACCGUUCACCGGGAACGCCACGCUCAUGAGAUGGUUCCGGCAAAUCAAUGAAAACUUCAGAGUUCGAGGUUGCUCCUAUAUUCUGUACAAACCCCACGGAAAGCACAAGACUGCAGGGGAAACUGCGGAGGGGGCGUUGCAGAAGAUGACCCAGGGUCUGAAGGACGCGUCCAUGGCUUACAUCUACCACUGUCAGAACCACUACUUCUGCCCGGUGGGCUUCGAGGCCACACCCCUCAAGGCUUCCAAGGCAUACAGGGGGGCUCUGCCAGCCAACGACACGGAACAUUGGAUCCUCAUCGGAGAGCCGAGCCGGAAACACCCGGCGAUUCACUGCAAAAAGUGGCUGGAUAUCGUGACGGACCUGAACACACAGAACCCAGAGUACCUGGACAUCCGCCACACAGAGAGGGGGAUUCAGUACCGAAAGACCAAGAAGGUGGGCGGGAACCUCCACUGCAUCAUGGCCUUCCAGAGGGUGCACUGGCAGAAGCUGGGCCCCUGGGCCCUCAACCUGGAGAACCUGCGCCACGACUUCCACCAGCGGGAGCCCGAGUCUGCCAACUGUCCCGCGCCCGAGGGGAGCGGCAGCGGCGGGGAGGACAAGACCUCCGCCAAGCGCCUGGCCCGCCUCGGACGCUCACAGAGCACGGGAAGUCCGAAGGACACUGCCUGGAAGCGGUUGUCGAACACGACGGACAACCGGAGGAGGAGCCCGGCGGGGUGUGACAUUGAGGAGCACCUGACAGACUGAGGUGUGGGAGCGAGCCGGCGCGCGACGAGAGAUGAGUGUUCCAACCACGCCAGAGACAUCGAGGUACAACUGCUACGCUACGAUCGCAACGUUCCCGUUCCCUCUCCACUCCGAAUGUAAGGUUAAAAUAGUAACAACUAACUAAGUUAAAUGCUAAACUAUGAGCUACCCUACUUAACUUUUAGCUUAGUUUAAACUUUGACCAUCAUGUGGGAACCUGGAGGCCGUCAGAUGUCGGGGUAGAAGCGUUAAACCCCCCCAAACUUUUUUAAGGUCAAAUGAUUCUAUGGUUCUUUGAAUAAACAGUACGUCUCGUUUUGACAAUCUGAGCUACCAACAGGGACUAUAGUGCAACCGAGCGCUCUACAGUAAAUACAAUGUGAUAUCUGGUGACAUGCGGUUUGUAUUGAAUGAAUGCCGAUUGUUUAUUUAUUGUAUUUGUUCUUAAGUGUAAUAAGUUGGAGUAGUGCUUCAGUGAACCUGGAUGACCCUCACUGAUAGUGUAGUUAUCCUAUUCAUGUUUUCUGUCUUAAACAUAUUCCCUUCAUAUUUGAUACCCUCAACACCCCUUCAGUGUUUUGGACAUAGUUCUUAAGGAAAACAAUAAAUAUUAAUAGGAACCUUUGACUCGGAUAUCGGAUUAUUUCAGUUGUUUAAUUAGACUGUGACCAAUGAUGAAAUAAGCAUUUAACCUAAACUUGCAAAAUACAUAAUCUUCAAUGAAUUCAGGUCCUUUUUCUUAAUACUGUGAUACACAUCUGAACUUAAUGCUAUAUUGUCUAACUUAUUGCAACGGUACUAGGUUGUGUUGUCUGUUGAUGCCAGAGUGCUGAGCUCUGUAAGAGGGGAACGAGGUGUGUUCAAGGGUUCUGCUUGGUUACGGCCUGCGUUAAUCUGUGUUACAGUGCGAACGUUUGAUCUAAACAAUCUGUGUAGUGCUUAUGCAACUAAAAUAAGGAAUGUUCCGUGUAACAGAAUAACUUUUUUCAGGGUCCACAACAACUCCUAUUUUUGCUUAAUGGACAGAAUGUAUUAAUGAAAAUCAAUAAACUGACACCCAAUGGAGGCUUCUUCCUAUGGAGACAAAUUCAAUAUAAUAAUAUAUAUUUCCGGUUUUGUAGCCAAGCAAGUAUUUUAAAAACAGGGCCGAGUUUUA